UCUCAUUAGCUCUCCCAGCAAUCCUGUGAAACAGUCAGGAUAGGUACUAUUAUCCCCAAUUAAUAAAUAAAGGGAACUUAGCCUCAAAGAAGUUAAGUGACUUGUCCAGAGUCACAUAGUUAGGAAGUUGAAAAACUGGAAGCUGAACCCAGGUUUCCUGAUACACAGCCCCAGUGCUCCCUCCUUUGGUUGUAUCAUGUUUCCUUCCAAAGACACUGUCUCCUUUUUGUUCCUACUCAUGAUUAAUUUUAAAAUCCAUCCAAAACUGAGCUUUAAUUUUGUGGAUAAGUAAAACUGAAGCACUUACAUGUAAAGUGCUUUCUUAACUCCCCUAUGAAGUGGGUCCUGCACAUAGCUCUUGGCUUUUCGCCUUCAUUUUAACUAAACUAUUUUUGGGUAGACAUAGACUUGUUUUUUAUGUUAAGUAUAUGCACAAAAGUUGUGUGAUCCACUGAUUAUAGGUGUGAAAGCUGCACUUGGGGAAUGGGACUAUGGAUGAAAAGUUGGCUUAAAAUAAUUAGCUUCUUGCCUUUGUGUUAAGAGAUGUCAUGUUCAAUAGAAUUUAAUUUCUCUGUACUUCCUUUGCUUCCAGGCUUUUAAAUACAGUUCUUUAGGGAAAAUUAGCAAAUAUUCAUUCUGAAUGUUGAUUUUUCAGGAACACGGGUAGCCAGAGGAAAGAAAAAGUAAAGGGGUGACUUUCUGUGUCCUAUAAGAGUGGGCAAGGAUUAUUUUGUUUGGAGCUGUGAGCUAAGAUUUCUUCCAAGGCAUGCAAAUUGUAAAGUUCUGAUUUGUCAACUGCGUGCUGUUUCUUUAGGCACUGAUGUAUGAAAUCCUGAACGAAUUCUCCGAUGAACAUACUGCUAAUUGCUUCUCCACCUGCUCUCCAACCUCCUCCACCCCACCCCCUCCACUCCCAAUUCAGCCUAUAAGUGUCCGUCAUUGGAGAUGGAUGGUGACACAUGCAGUAAUAGCAAUUCAUAAAAGCCAGUUCCAGCCCUUGUCUUCAAGGCUCCUGGAUUUUCCACUGCCUGCUUUUGUGUAAGUGAAGUGGAUGGAAGUGCUACUGGCAUCAGAAUCCUCCUCCCUAUGCUCCGUUGCUAAAGCUCAGUUGCUCGGCUGGAGCUGAGCUAAACAGAAGCGUCGGAUCUAAGCUGAAUUAUAGCUAUUUUUCUUUUCCUUCAAUGGGGUGGGUGGGUUAGGGAUAGGGUGUAGCGGGGGCUUGGGGUGCUUUGGCUUUUCUUCUUGUGGAGAGAAGAGGGUAAGGAGAGAAUAACUCACGAUAGGAUAUAACGUGAAACAGUUCCCUGAAGAGUGUCACAAUGUUCCUGGUACAAUAUACAGGAUUGAACCAGCUGCCCUUUGACCCUGCCAACAACAACGAGCCCCUGCAGUUUGGUAGUGCCAGUGGCCCUCUGGUCACAGAAGGCCUCAUUGAGAAUGGAGGGGAAUCAAGCAAGAAAAGAAAGAGAACAAAUACUCCUUCAGCUGAUAACAGUAGAACUCUGAAUGUGGAUUCCACUGCAAUGACACUACCUAUGUCUGAUCCAACUGCAUGGGCCACAGCAAUGAAUAAUCUUGGAAUGGCACCACUGGGAAUUGCUGGACAACCAAUUUUACCUGACUUUGAUCCUGCUCUUGGAAUGAUGACUGGAAUUCCACCAAUAACGCCAAUGAUGCCUGGUUUGGGAAUAGUACCUCCACCAAUUCCUCCAGAUAUGCCAGUAGUAAAAGAGAUCAUACACUGUAAAAGUUGCACGCUCUUCCCUCCAAAUCCAAAUCUUCCACCUCCUGCAACCCGAGAAAGACCACCAGGAUGCAAAACAGUAUUUGUGGGUGGCCUGCCUGAAAAUGGGACAGAGCAAAUCAUCGUGGAAGUUUUUGAGCAGUGUGGAGAGAUCAUUGCCAUUCGCAAGAGCAAAAAGAACUUCUGCCACAUUCGCUUUGCUGAGGAGUACAUGGUGGACAAAGCCCUGUAUCUGUCUGGUUACCGCAUUCGCCUGGGCUCUAGUACUGACAAGAAGGACACAGGCAGACUCCACGUUGAUUUUGCACAGGCUCGAGAUGACCUGUAUGAGUGGGAGUGUAAACAGCGUAUGCUAGCCAGAGAGGAGCGCCAUCGUAGAAGAAUGGAAGAAGAAAGAUUGCGUCCACCAUCUCCGCCCCCAGUGGUCCACUAUUCAGAUCACGAAUGCAGCAUUGUUGCUGAAAAAUUAAAAGAUGAUUCCAAAUUCUCAGAAGCUGUGCAGACCUUGCUCACCUGGAUAGAGCGAGGAGAGGUAAACCGUCGUAGCGCCAACAACUUCUACUCCAUGAUCCAGUCGGCCAACAGCCACGUCCGCCGCCUGGUCAAUGAGAAAGCUGCCCAUGAGAAAGAUAUGGAAGAAGCAAAGGAGAAGUUCAAGCAAGCCCUUUCUGGAAUUCUCAUUCAAUUUGAGCAGAUAGUGGCUGUGUACCAUUCCGCCUCCAAGCAGAAGGCAUGGGACCACUUCACAAAAGCCCAGCGUAAAAACAUCAGCGUGUGGUGCAAACAAGCUGAGGAAAUUCGCAACAUUCAUAAUGAUGAAUUAAUGGGAAUCAGGCGAGAAGAAGAAAUGGAAAUGUCUGAUGAUGAAAUAGAAGAAACAACAGAAACGAAAGAAACUGAGGAAUCAGCCUUAGUAUCACAGGCAGAAGCUCUGAAGGAAGAAAAUGACAGCCUCCGUUGGCAGCUCGAUGCCUACCGGAAUGAAGUAGAACUGCUCAAGCAAGAGCAAGGCAAAGCCCCAAGAGAAGAUGACCCAAACAAAGAACAGCAGCUGAAACUCCUGCAGCAAGCCCUGCAAGGAAUGCAACAGCAUCUACUUAAAGUCCAAGAGGAAUACAAAAAGAAAGAAGCUGAACUUGAAAAACUCAAAGAUGACAAGUUACAGGUGGAAAAAAUGUUGGAAAAUCUUAAAGAAAAGGAAAGCCGUACUUCUAGGCUGGGUACAUCAAACCAGGACAGCGACUACCCUCUUGAGAAGACGAUGAACAGCAGUCCUAUCAAAUCUGAACGUGAAGCACUGCUAGUGGGGAUUAUCUCCACAUUCCUUCAUGUUCACCCAUUUGGAGCAAGCAUUGAAUACAUCUGUUCCUACUUGCAACGUCUUGAUAAUAAGAUCUGCACCAGCGAUGUGGAGCGUCUCAUGGGUAGACUCCAGCAUACCUUCAAGCAGGAAAUGACUGGAGUUGGAGCCAGCCUGGAAAAGAGGUGGAAAUUCUGUGGCUUUGAGGGCUUGAAACUGACCUAAAUCUCUUUGCCUAACAACUUGGGAUCCCGAAUAUAUACGUAUGUGUUGCACAAGCAUAGAAAGUGAUUUGUAUUUUUAAUGAUUUUCAAGUAGAAAUUGCUUUGAAUUUGUCAAUUCAUUCCUGGAAAAUGUUUCAAGUUAAAAUAAGGAUCCUAGGACAGCACCUCAAGCUACAGACCCUAAAGAGAAAUUGCCUCAAACCGCAAGUGCUGUAACUUCCUCCCCUUUCUGUCAAUUGGUUGCAAAAGUCCUGAGGCUAAACAGUAUCUGGAGUGUUUUCAAUGUCUGUACUACUAGUGUAGACUUUGGUAUUUUUUCAAACACUGUUAACUGAAAUGUUUUGAUGAUUUGUAUGUGAUUUGUGUUUCUAAACUUCUCUUUACAUUAAUGUUGCCACUGGCGAAAGGGAUGAGAGCAGCGUUAAAUCCUCUGUGUAACUGUCAUUGUCUUUCCAAUCCCCAGUAGAGCAGUAAAUAAACAACACAUCAGUGUUUCUAGAAGGUGCCUGACCAGGUUCACCUUUUAAACGACAAAGCAUGGUUGUGGCUUUUUGCAAAAUUACUACGAACCAAAAGUUGUUCCAAAGUUCCAAAGUUGUUUUCUCUAACAUAUCACAUUAAAAAUCUGCUUCAGAAUUGUGAAAUGUACAUCCAGAUGUGUUUGCAGAAACAAAUAUCCAGUAUGACUGGGAUGUGUUCGUGCUAUUCAGAAUCACUUGUAAAUAGUCUGCUUUUAAAGGAGGGCAUGUUCAGUUUUCUGUGAAUUAAAACACAUUCGUGUGUGGGCACAAACACAUGCACGCACACACACAGUGGCAGAAGGGAUUUAUGUUGAUAUUCUUUCCCUUCUAGCCUCUUACAGUCUGUUGGUCCCUUUGCUUCUGUUGUCAGUGUAUUGAAUUGUAAACUGUGUACUGCUGUAAAUACUAUGUUUACUUCAUGCUGAAUGUUUGCAGAGACUUCAUAUGAGUAUUAAUAGUGAUGAAUCAAUGAACAAAUAAUGAGCCAGGAUGUGUGAGGCUUCCUACAAAUAGGUCAGCUCCACCUGGAGUGCGGAUUGCCAGAGACACCUCCAGUUCUGUAGUGUCGGUCGGCAAAUUGCAAUGACAUCAUUUGAGUGGACCAUUCAGUAACUUCUGAUUGGUGGAAAGGAAACGGAGAGGAUGGAGGUUUGAGGUGAAUAUCCUGAAACAGAGAUGGUCUUUGUUGUGUGUGGUGGUGGCUGUGGUACGUAAAAUAAUGCAAGUAUGCCCUCCCUUGAGUCUCUAUUGAAGAUAAAAGAAUGUACUGAAUAAGCAACGCCAAUGGAGAGUAUUUCAAGAAAAUACUUUGUAAAUGAGAUGCCAGUAGUGUUCAAAGUUGUAUUUUUAAAAGAUAAAUAUUCCUUUUUAUACCUCA